CAGAACAGACUUAAUGGAAUGGAAAAUUCAAUCACAAAGAACACACAGGAAUAUUUAACCGCAAUACGAAAACAAAUUAAAAUGAUAUUUAUUAACCUUGAGAAGCGAAAAAUAGAGCAAUGAAGAUUUAUAUGCGUAUCUUUUAGAAAACUGUAUGAGUGAGGUGCGUCACAAGUUUAUACAUAUGCAGAGAGGGCAAAGGUGAAUACACAUAACCAAGAGACACCAUUUUGCACUGAAAGAACUGAGUGAACAGCUGCAUUAAGAUAUUUCUCUGCACAUUAAGAUAUUUCUCUUUUAAUAAAGAUAUUGUUUAUUAUGGCGACUAUAACGAAAUUAGCUAAAAUGAAUUUUAUGAGUAAACGCUUUUAUAGUUCCAAAGUCAAAUUAAAUGACGUCGUAAUUGUCAGUGCUGUGCGCACUCCAAUGGGUUCCUUUCUUGGAUCCCUCUCAAGUAUGUCAGCUACUAAACUUGGUGCGAUAGCUGUACAAGCAGCUAUUGAAAGAGCUGGUAUUGCCAAAGAACAAGUUAAAGAAGUGUUUAUGGGCAAUGUCUGUCAAGGUUUUUUGGGUCAAGCACCAGCAAGGCAGGCUGCAUUAUUCGCAGGUCUUCCAAAGUCAACAAUUUGUACAACUGUAAACAAAGUUUGUGCAAGUGGUAUGAAAAGUGUGAUGUUGGCUUCUCAAUCUCUACAAUGUGGCCAUCAAGAGAUUGUUUUAGCUGGUGGUAUGGAAUCUAUGUCCAAUGUGCCAUAUUAUUUAUCACGCGGUGAAACAUCAUAUGGUGGAGUAAAACUUGAGGAUGGUAUUGUGUUUGAUGGAUUGACUGAUGUUUAUAAUAAAUGUCACAUGGGUAACUGUGCCGAAAAUACUGCUAAAAAACUCAAUAUCACUCGCCAACAACAAGAUGAAUAUGCUAUCAGCAGUUACAAACGCAGUGCAGCAGCUUAUGAUAAAAAUGUAUUUAAAGAUGAACUCGUACCUGUCAAUGUACCUCAAAAAAAAGGCAAACCAGAUGUUAUUUUCACUGCGGAUGAAGAAUAUAAAAGAGUCAACUUUGAGAAGUUUGGCAAAUUAAACACAGUUUUCCAAAAAGAGAAUGGUACGGUGACAGCUGGAAAUGCGUCCACUCUAAAUGAUGGUGCUGCUGCUUUAAUCUUAAUGACCAGUGACGCUGCUCGAAAACUGAAUUUAAAGCCUCUGGCUAGAGUUGUCGCUUUUCAGGACGCGGCAACUGAUCCUAUCGAUUUUCCGAUCGCCCCGGCUUUUGCUGUUUCACCGUUGCUUCAAAAUGCUGGAGUUAAUAAAAACGAUAUAGCUCUGUGGGAGAUUAAUGAAGCAUUCAGCGUGGUAGUUGUAGCAAAUCAAAAAUUACUCGACAUCGAUCCCGCCAAAGUAAACGUUCAUGGUGGUGCCGUUUCGCUUGGACAUCCCAUAGGCAUGUCAGGAGCACGUAUCGUAGCACACUUAGUGCACGCUCUCAAAGCUGGAGAAAAAGGCGUUGCAUCGAUUUGCAACGGAGGCGGCGGUGCGUCAUCAAUCUUGAUUGAGAAAUUGUAAGUUCGCAAAUCAUUACAAUUGCCAUUUCAGUUUGCACAAACUGGACGAUCUAACUACUAUCAUCAAUGAUAUAAAUCGUGUAUAAAAUAGCAAUUAUUUUUCUAUUACAAAAUUGUAUAGUGUUAAAAAAACAAUAUUAUAGAUAAAAAGCUUCAUAGCUUUUUUUUAUUUAAGUAAGAUUAUUGUAUAAUAAUAGCGUUUUACAUUUUUCUAUGAUAUAUAUGUAAUGUAUGUUAUAUAAAAUGACUUUCAAUUAACAUAUGAAAGUACACAUUUUAAUGAAGAAAAUAUAUCUUUUACUGUAUACUUUUACUAUACAUUUUAUUACUGCUCAAAGUAUAUAUCUCGUCCAAGGUAGUAAGCUGACGUAAAACGAUAUUUUGACAUCACAAUGACCUAAUUUGUUACCUGAGGUCGCGCUAUAUUGUUGUGAUAAUAUAAUACAGAAAUAAAUCUUUUUUCAAUCAGCA